AUGCCCACAGACCCAAUGAAAUUCGCUAUGUGGCUAGUGCUGGUGACCUUGCUGUCACAGUCUGCCCCGGAGGCUCAACGCAGCAGGCGAGGGAGACGCAGCCUUCUGGAGCUGGGUCUCACUCUGUGGUGUUACCGGAAGAGACUGCGGACCCCGCUGUUCGCUCUCAACCUGUAUGGGUGCCACUGUGGAACCGGGGGCUCCGGGACACCCCUAGACGCAGUGGACCAGUGUUGCUUCCUCCACGACUGCUGCUACCGCCACACUAGGGUCUCCUUAGAGUGCCGGGGGAGAGUGAAGUGGCAGCCCUAUGAGUUUGCGUGUAGCCCAUCGGGGACGGAGUGCCGCUCUUUGAGCGUCUGCGGCAGGAUGGCCUGCGAGUGCGACAGGCAGUUUGCAGAGUGUCUGACGGCAGCAACAUCCAGAAAGAGGCAUUUCUUCUACAAUAGGAGAGAGCUAUGUACUGGUCCCAAGGCCUCCUGCCCGGCCACCUUGCCCAACAAGGCCGAAGUCCUGCACUGGAGAAAGACGCCUUCCCCGCCCCCUCCUGGCAGUGGCUCUCCAAGCAAGGGCUCUGCGUUGGGAGCCAGGGACAGAAACCCCUCCCUGUGACUGAGGAGAUUCUGCUCCAUGGGGCUGUGCGGAGCUCUCCUGGUCCCCGGGUUUCUGUACCAUGG